AAUCUUUAAGGGUUAUCACUUUCGAGAAUCGUAGAAGCGAGUGUCAGCGAAAAUAUUUUUCACUUGUCGAAUUUGCCCCUUUUGUAACUGCAAAAAAAUCCGGAAAAAUGUUUUCACGCGCAUUGAAGAUCGCCUCUGUCCAAACAGCCAAAAAUUUCUCCACAUCAUCUCAGAAUAAUGUGAAGGUUGCUGUUAUGGGAGCCAGCGGCGGCAUCGGUCAACCUUUGGCCUUGCUCUUGAAGCAAAGUCCCUUGGUAACGGAGUUGUCGUUGUACGAUAUUGUGCAUACAGUUGGUGUUGCUGCUGACUUGUCUCACAUCGAAACCAACUCCAAGGUUACGGGCUACAAUGGACCCGAAAAUUUGGAAGCUUCAUUGAAGGGAUGCGAAGUUGUCAUUAUUCCUGCUGGAGUUCCACGUAAACCUGGCAUGACUCGUGAUGAUUUGUUCAAUACCAACGCGUCGAUCGUUCGUGACUUAGCCAAGGCUUGCGCCAAAGUCUGCCCAAAAGCAUUCGUUGGAAUUAUCUCGAAUCCCGUCAACUCGACGGUGCCCAUUGCGUGCGAAGUGUUCCAAAAAGCCGGCGUUUUGGAUCCCAAACGUAUUUUCGGCGUCUCCACGUUGGAUGUCGUGCGUGCCAACACCUUCAUCGGCGAAGCAGCUGGCGUCGACCCAACCAAAGUCAAUGUUCCCGUCAUCGGAGGACAUUCUGGCGUCACAAUUAUCCCCUUGUUGUCCCAAACGACCCCAAGCGUCAACUUCCCCCAAGAUAAGGUCAAGGCAUUGACUGAACGCAUCCAAGAAGCUGGCACGGAAGUCGUCAAGGCAAAAGCUGGCGCUGGAUCUGCUACCUUAAGUAUGGCUUUUGCUGGAGCUCGUUUCGCUCUCAACCUUUGCCGCGCUCUCAAGGGCGAACAAAACAUCGUUGAAUGCGCCUACGUUCGUUCGGAUGUCACCGAGGCCAAGUACUUUGCUACUCCCUUGGUUUUGGGCAAGAAUGGCGUCGAGAAGAACAUGGGACUCGGCAAAUUGAAUGACUUCGAGAAGGAAUUGCUCGCCAAGGCUAUCCCUGAAUUGAAGAAGAACAUCGCCAAGGGUGAAGAAUUCGUCGCCAAGAACCCUUAAGAGAUUACAACAAAAAACAAAGAAAAGCUUUAAAAGCUCUCAGAAGUUCUCUAAGAGGACCACAAAUUACCAUGCGAAACUGUUGAAUAAUGUUUAAAUUUAAUGAUAGAUAAUUUUAUUUAAUUCGUUAAACCAUCAAUAAAAAACACAGGAACCACA